AUGGGACCUAUCUCUAUACCUGACAUUAAUGGAUCAUUUCUCAAGGCUUCAGCCAAGGGCUCCAUCGCAAGGGCAAAGAGCAAAGGAUCACAUUGCUCCCAGGAUGAGAGCGCUUCGGCGGCCAUAUUUGCAGUGCAGAUGGAUGACUUCCUGCAGGGGGCACCAAUCCAGUACCGAGAAGUCCAGGACCACGAGUCCAACACCUUCACUGGGUACUUCAAAAAAGGAAUCAAGUAUAUGAAAGGGGGCGCGGCCUCAGGUUUCAAACAUGUGGUAACCAAUGAAGUGGAGGUCCAGAGGCUGCUGCAUGUCAAAGGUCGAUGCAUCGUCAGGGCAACGGAGGUCCCUGUCAGCUGGGACAGUUUCAACCACGGAGACAGUUUCAUACUGGACCUGGGAGAGGAAAUCAUUCAGUGGUCUGGUUCCCAUAGCAACCGCUUUGAGAAGCUGAAGGCAACCAUGGUGUCUAAGUGUAUCCGCGACGACGAACGGUGUGGGCGGGCCAAGCUGAAGUUUUGUGACGAGGGGGACGAGCCAGACAGGAUGCUAGAGGUUCUUGGGGAGAAGCCGGAGCUGUCUGACACUCACAGUGACGACGCCAAGAUGGACGCCUCCAACAGGAAGCUGGUGCAGCUCUACAAGGUGUCCAACGCUGAUGGGGAUAUCGAGGUUACCAUGGUAGGAGAGCAAAACCCGUUUCCCCAGGAUGCUUUGCAGUCCAGCGAGUGUUUCAUCCUCGAUAACGGAGCCAAUGGAAACAUCUUCGUCUGGAAAGGUAAGGAUGCGAACACUGAGGAGCGUCACGCUGGUCUGAAGAGCGCCGAGCAGUUUAUCUGUAAGAUGAACUAUCCAAAGUACACCCAGGUUCAGAUCCUCCCUGAACACGGAGAGACGCCACUCUUCAAACAGUUCUUUAUGGACUGGAGGGAUCCUGAGGACACCGUCGGCAUGGGAACGGCCUACGUGUCCAAUCAGAUUGCAAAGAUCAAGAAGGUUCCUUUUGACGUGUCCAAGCUCCACCAAUCAGACGCCAUGGCGGCGCAGCACAGGAUGGUGGACCGAGGAGACGGAGAGAAAGAGAUCUGGCGUGUUGAAAGAUCAGAGAAGGUCCCGGUGGACUCGUCAGUCUUCGGUCAGUUCUAUGGAGGAGACAGUUACAUCAUCCUCUAUCAGUACCAACACGACAGCAGACAAGGACAUAUCAUCUACAUCUGGCAGGGGGCGGAGUCCAGUCAGGAUGAGGUCGGAGCGUCGGCCCUGUUGGCGAUAGCUUUGGAUGAUGAAAUGGGCGGGGCAGCUGUACAGGUUCGUGUGAUACAGGGCAAAGAGCCCGCCCACCUCAUGAGUCUGUUUGGAGGAAAACCAAUGGUGGUGUACAAGGGUGGGACUUCCAGAGAGGGCGGCCAAUCAGAGGUGGCAGAUACCCGUCUGUUUCAGGUUCGAGCCAAUCCAGCGGGAGACACCAGAGCUGUGGAGGUGGAUCCGUCCUCGCCCAGUCUGAACUCCAGUGACGUGUUCCUUCUGGUCUCUUCUGGUGGAUCGUGGAUGUGGAGAGGGGGGAGCAGCAGCUCAGCCGAAGCUCAGGGAGCUGAACACUUGGCUGGACUCCUGCAGGUGACCCCCACCCAGCUGGAGGAGGGUGAGGAGGAAGGUGCAUUUUGGGAUGCACUGGGGGGGCAGGAGGACUACUGUCACUACCCCCGUCUGAAGAACAACAUGGAGGCUCAUCCUCCUCGUCUGUUUGCCUGCUCCAACAAGACCGGAAACUUCCUGAUGGAGGAGGUUCCAGGUGAGCUGACGCAGGAUGACCUCGCCCCUGAUGAUGUCAUGAUCUUGGAUACCUGGGACCAGGUGUUUGUUUGGAUCGGAAAUGAAGCUCGUGAGGAUGAGAAGACGGAGGCGACAGCGUCAGCUGUCGGGUACCUGGAGAGUGACCUGGCUGACAGAGACCCUCGGACCCCGAUUGUGACGGUGAAACAGGGCUUUGAACCGCCGACCUUCACCGGCUGGUUCCUUGGCUGGAACCAAGAGUACUGGAGCGACGACCCGCUGGAGCGCGCCACUGCGGGCCUGUGACAGACUGACAUCACUUCCUGUUCACACCUGUGUGUCACUGCUUUGAUCUGAUAAAUAAACCAUGUGUGUCAUCA